AUGACUAGAGAAACUGAUCCAUUAUUGAAAAAUAGACAACAACCCCAACCUCAACCAUUGGUAAAACCAUUGUUUAAGAAAUUGUUAACAAUUAUCAUUCCAUUAUCAUUAAUCAUUAUAUCUAGUUAUUACAUCAUGACACACCACCACCAACACCACCACCAAAACGACCCAAACAACACUGAUGGACCUAUUUUAACUUUACGAUUAUAUACUAAUAAUAUUCGAUUUGAUAAUAAAAAUUACCCCGAUAAAUAUGAACAACCAUGGGAAAUCAGAAAAUUCCAAAGUAUUAAUUCAAUGCAAUUCAAUACAUUUCAAGGUAAUGGCAAUAUUAUUUGUUUACAAGAAGUAUUACAUAAUCAAUUAAUAGAUAUAUUACAAGGAUUAAAUGAUAUUCAAGAAUGGAAUUAUUAUGGAGUUGGUAGAACUGAUGGUGAAAAAUCUGGUGAAUUUGCUCCAAUUUUAUAUAAAGAUCAAGAUUUUAAAAUUAUUGAAAAUUCAACAUUUUGGCUUAGUCCUACACCUCAUGUGCCUAGUAAAGGAUGGGAUGCAGCAUUAGAAAGAAUAGUCACGAUGGUUACUUUUCAAAGUCGAUUAAACCCGGAAAUAAAAUUUAAUAUAUUUAAUACUCAUUAUGAUCAUCGUGGUGUUGAAGCAAGAAGAAAAUCAUCACAAUUAAUCGUUGAUAAAAUGAAAAAUUAUAAUGAUUAUCCAUCAUUUUUAUGUGGUGAUUUUAAUACUGAACCAAAUGAUGAACCAUAUCAUAUUUUGACUAAAGCUGGGUUUAAAGAUGGGAAAAUAUUAAUUGAUAAGAAAUCAGCUUAUGGAUUUGAAACUACAUUCACAGGGUUUGAUAUUAAUAAUGAACCAAUUUCCAGAAUUGAUUAUAUUUGGUCUCCAAGUUUCACUCGUAUUUUAUCAAAUUCAAAUAAUGAUACUAACCAAGACUCAGAUGAUGAUAAUGAUAAUGAUGAAUCUUAUGAAGUGACUUUGAAACAAUUUGGAAUAUUGAGUAAUUGGUUUAAUGGACAUCAUUUCUCUGAUCAUCGCCCCGUUGUAUCAACUUAUGAAUUAAGAAAGAAGAAAUAA